GAGAACACUUCUAUCACAAAUGAUAAAAACAACGUCCAACCCUAUCCAUUUACCAUUUUGGACUUUCUUAGUGUUGUUGUUUCAAUACUUCUCUUUGUCUUUGAUGUUGUCACGGACAUUCUUCUAGCCUUGGAAUACAAAAAUCACGGUAGAAUGGUAGAGUGUGCACUUACGUCAUCGGUUGUGAUUGCGUCAUUUCUGGUGACGGGGUCCUUAAGCACGAUUUGGUACCUGCAAGACGAAAGAGGACCCAUAGGCAGAGUGAGACAGUAUUUGUUUCUUGUCGUGGCCUUCCCAUUUUCUACCAUUAUCAGAAAUUUCUUUUACUUAAAACAUGGGUGGUUAAGUCGCAGAUCCAGUGUUAAGAAACAUCACAAUAGAAUGAUAAAGAAUGAUAAAGAUGGCAGUUUUCUACGGAUGUUCGACGCCUUCUUUGAAUCCGCUCAACAGUUGAUCAUCCAGGUUUACAUUGCUAUCCAUGACACGCCGCAAGAAGCAUUACACUUACAAAUUCUGCGAGCUGUUACCAUAGCAUCGUCUUUAGCAGGUGUGCCAUGGUCGGUGACGGGAUACAACAGAGCACUGCGUAUCUUUAACGCAACUUCCGGUUUGAAAGCAAACACAAACUGUGGAGCUGUGGGAUACUUCCUCUGGCGAGUGUUCGAGAUCGGACCAAGAAUCACAGCCAUUAUGAUGGUGAUUUAAAUCGAAGGAAACGGUCCCUACUACGUAAUAUUUGGUGUUAUAUUCCAUUGGAUGAUCAUGAUAACUGUUGCUUUUUUCAAAAAUGUGAAAGUUUAUAGAAGAAAGCUACACAACAUUUUAUUCCUUGUGUUCAUCGGAUUUGUGCAAAUUGUAUCUUUCAUGAAUUUGAACCGAGGUAAAUCUCGAGUUCUUGCCAUAGCGUAUUACUCUUUGUUCCAUGUAGAAAACGCUGUGAUAGUGGCGCUGUUCUUAUUUUGGGGUGACGUAGAUAAGUCUAGUUUGGUAUAUUUAGCCACAGGAUCAUCUGGAAUCGUUUUAUGCACUCUAUUCAUGCUGAUGUACUACACACUUUGUCACCCUAAAGUAGCACGUUCAUGCAGAAAUGGCAAUGGAGACGUAUAAAUAACAGAACAAACGUAGUUGUGCAUCAGUUCACAGCUAAGGCGGUGUAAAUACGAACAUGUAUCAGUGAACCGAGGACUACUGUACUGGGGACUUUUCAGGACUAGGGCAUUUCCUGUAAUACUUAACAUUUUUAUGCAUUAAUUCCCAAUGCUACAUGUAUCAACAGAAAUGUGCUA